AUGCCAACCCCACAUCAAAGGCCGCUGCUCAAAAUAGAAAUAGACGUGCUCAGCUCCCCAGAUCUCCUAGACCUUGCACUCGCUAGACACCUGGGUCCUUAUUCCUCCCUCCACGCCGGGGUCUGCGACCCUGCAAAGACCGCCUCGGCCGAGGCAAUUGCCCUUGCCGGCCCUGCCGCCCGUGAUCAGGAGCCGGCACGCCGCGCCGGCCUCGCGAGCCUCGAGUUGUUGGCUGUUUUCGGACUCGGUUGUCGGCAGGGCCGUGACGGAGGCGACCAGGGCGAAGAUGAAAGUGGCGGAGAACUUCAUUGUGGCAAGAUCGUCUGA